GGCGGAACGCGAAUCCUGGGAGUGGCCCGAGAACACUAAGACUUCGAAGUGCAGCUUCUGGGAGGUCCUUGGGAUAUGGAGAAAAUCGGGUCUGUGUGUCGCUCUCUGUGUGGAACAGGAUGAGAGGCGGGGUGUCUGCGCGUGUCGAUGCAGGAAAGCUGUGGAAGAGGUCAAGACGGAAUGAAAUCUGAAAUGGAGUCGCUGACAUUAGAGGAUGUGGCUGUGAGGUUCACCUGGGAGGAGUGGCAGCUCCUGGGCCCUGAUCAAAAGAACCUGUACCAGGACGUGAUGCUGGAGAACUACAGCAGCCUGGUGUCAGUGGGGUAUGAAGCCAGCAACCCAGAUGCCCUUUCCAAGUUGCUACAUGAAGAACCAUGGUCAGUGGAGGAUGCAAUCCAUAGUCAUAUCUAUCCAGAAAUCCAGAAAGUUGAUGUACAGGUACGCUUACAAACCCAAAGAUGGCUGAAGAGAACAGAACACCAUAAACAUGAGGCAUUUGGAAAUAUCAUUCAUCAGAGGAAAAGUAAUUUCCUUUUAAUGCAAAAUCGUGAUAUAUAUAACUUACAUGAGAAAACUCUGAAAUCAAAUUUAAGUGAUGUUAAACAGAAUAGAGGCUAUCAAGUAAAGAAUCCUGUUGAGAUUAAUGGAGAUAGAACAUCAUUCCUCCAUGGCAAGCAUGAAAAUUUUCAUACUGAAAUUAAAUUCCCGGAAUGUGGAAAUUCUGUCACUAUAAAUUCACAUCAAAAGUCAGCUAAACCCCAUGUAUGCACUGAAUGUGGGAAGGCCUUCCUCAAAAGGUCUCGCCUCAGUGAUCACCAGAGAGUUCAUACAGGAGAGAAACCUCAUGGAUGCAGUGUAUGUGGGAAAGUCUUCUCCAGAAAGUUCCGCCUCACUGAGCAUCAGAAAACUCAUACACGAGAGAAACGAUAUGAAUGCACUGAAUGUGACAAAGCAUUCCGCUGGGAGUCACAGUUCAUUGCACAUCAGAAAAUUCAUACAGGAGAGAAACCCUAUGUAUGCAGUGACUGUGGAAAGGGCUUCAUCAAGAAAUCUCGGCUUAUUAAUCAUCAGCGAGUUCAUACAGGGGAGAAACCUCAUGGAUGCAGUCUGUGUGAGAAAGCCUUCUCCAGGAAGUCCAGGCUCAUUGAACAUCAGAGAACUCAUACUGGAGAAAAGCCCUAUGAAUGUGCUGAAUGUGACAAGGCAUUCCGCUGGAAAUCACAGCUCAAUGCACAUCUGAAAACUCACACAGGAGAGAAAUCCUAUAUAUGCAGUGACUGUGGAAAAGGCUUCAUCCAGAAAGGCAAUCUCACUGUACAUCAGCGAACACAUACUGGAGAGAAGCCUUACACGUGCACUGAAUGUGGACGAGGCUUCAUCCAGAAGGGCAAUCUCCUUAUACAUCAGCGUACUCAUACUGGAGAGAAACCUUAUUUGUGUAAUGAAUGUGGGAAAGGCUUCAGCCAGAAAACAUGCUUGAUAUCACAUCAGAGAUUUCACACAGGGAAGACUCCCUUUGUGUGUAAUGAGUGUGGAAAAUCCUGUUCACACAAGUCAGGUCUCAUUAAUCAUCAGAGAAUUCACACAGGAGAGAAGCCCUAUAUGUGUGGUGACUGCGGAAAAGCUUUCAGAGAUAAGUCAUGCCUCAACAGACAUCGGAGAACUCAUACAGGAGAGAAACCCUAUGGGUGCUCUGAUUGUGGGAAAGCUUUCUCUCACUUGUCCUGCCUUGUUUAUCAUAAGGGAAUGCUGCACGCAAGAGAGAAAUGUGUUGAUUCAGUGAAGCUGAAAAAUACUUUCUCAAAGAGUCACAGCAUAUCACAAAGAAACGAUCUACAGGGGAAAAAUUCUAUUAGCAUGGUGACUGUACAGAAGCCUUCUGAGACUUCAUUAAGCAACAGAAAACAACUGGUUCCAUCUGAAGCCUGAUCCUUAUCUCCUACCUCUACACUCCAUGCAGCUGUACACAGACACUGCUCUGGAUAAAUGUUUUCAUCUCCCGUGGACAUGCUAAGCAUCAACUGCUUUUUUCUACUCUGGCUGCUGCGUCUACGUCUUCCUCAGACCUCGUCUUGCACAAACCUCGCAGGUUCUCCAGAGGCGCUUCCAACGCAGAGGCCAUCAGGCUACUCCCAGGACCAAAGGUUUCCCCUUUGCGGGAAUGCUGUUAGCUGCAUGAUGACGAACUGCUGUUUUAGGGAGGUUGAAAUGGGAAAAAUUCAGAUGUCACGUGCCCAUGGGUGCAACAUACAGAAUGUGAAGAAAAUGGCAGAGUUGGUAAACAUGGGCAGCGUCACAUGAAAAAUCAAAGAAUGCUGAAGAGUAUGGAACACUACUAUAAACACAAUGCCUUUGGAAAUAAUGUUCUUCAAAGCAACAGUGUUACACACAAAAUCUUUGAAAUCAAAUUUAAAGUUUUAUCAAGCAGAACAAAAACUAUGAAAUUAAGAAUGCUACUAAAUUUAAGGAAAAUGUGGAGACAUUUAUGAAUGGCAAGUGUGAAGAAUUCCAUUCUGCAGUUAAAUUUCUUGUAAGUAGAAACCCCAUUAACAAGUCCCAAAUCAUUAAGAAUCAGAAAAGUCAUGAAAUAGGAAAAUCCAUGUAUGCAGCGAAUGAGGAAAAAGCCUUUGCCAAGAAGUCUCAGCUCAGUGAUCAUGAGAGAGUUCAUUCAGGAGAGAAACCUUAUGGAUGCAAUAUGUGUGCAAAAGUAUUCUCAAGAAAGUCCAGGCUCAGUGAACAUCAGAGAAUCCAUUAGAAAGACAAUUCAUUUACUUGCAGUGAAUGUGGAGAAAUCUUCACCCUGAAGAGCCGUCUGGUUGAACAUCAAUGAAUUCACACUGGAGAGAAAAACUUAUGUAUGUAAUGAGUGUGGAAAAGGGUUCUCAGGCAAGCGUAAUCUCAUUGUACAUCAACAAAAUCAUACUGGAGAGGUGUCUUAUGUAUGUAGUGAAUGUGCAAAAGGCUUCACUGGGAAAGCAUGCUUAUCAUACAUCAGCGAACUCAUACAGGAGAGAAGGCCUGCAUCUGCAGUGAAUGUGGGAGGGGCGUCACCACAGGGCACUAAGCCGUCCUACACGGAUGAAAUCAUAUAGGAGAGAAACCAUAUAUAUGCAAUGAAUGUAGGAAAGGUUUCACCAUAAAACGUCAGCUUGAACAUCAACAAAUUCACGCAGGAGAGAAACCCUAUGUGUGCAGUAAAUGUGGAAAAGGAUUUGUUAGGAACAGUAAUCUCAUUGCACAUCAGAGAAAUCAUACUGUAGAGAAGUCAUAUGUAUGUAAUGAGUGUGGAAAAGGUUUCACUGUGAAGACUGCACUCGUACAUUAGCGAACUCAUACAGGAGAGAAACCCUCCAUUUGCAGUGAGUGUGCGAGAGGCUUCCCCUUGAAGAGUCGGCUGAUCGUACAUCAGCGAACCCAUACUGGAGAGAAACCUUACAAAUGUAGUGUAUGCUGGAGAGGUUAAUAGUUAACCUUUUAAUCAUUGUUAAUAGUGAACUGAUGGUACACCAGUGACCUCAUAUGGAGAGAAACCCUAUGUAUGCAAUAAAUGUGGAAAAGGUUUUUUCUUUAAGAGCAAUCUUGUACAUUGGCAAACUCACAACACAGAGAAACCUUUUGUAUGCAGUGAAUGUGGAAAAGGAUUCACCAUGAAAUGUUAUCUCAUUGUAUAUCAGCAAACUCAUAUAAGAGAGAAAUCCCAUAAAUGUAGUGAAUAUGGAAAAGGCUUUGUCAUGGAAACUGAGCUCAUUUUACAUAAGCAAGUUCAUACCGGAGAGUAACCAUAUGCAUGCAAUGAACGUGAUAAAGGCUUCACUGUGAAAAGCAGCCAAAUUGUUCAUUAAAGAACUCAUACAGGAGAGGAACCCUUUAUUUGCAGUGAUUGUGGAGAAGCUUUCUCCUCAAAGAGAAAUCUCAUUGUGCAUCAUCAGCAAACUCAUAAUGGAAUCAAACCCUGACAAUUUAAUGAAUAAUGCUUAUGCUUUCAGGAAGAAAGUACAUCUUGUGCAACAUCAGAUAUUUCAUGUAGGAUAGACUUCUUUUAUGUAUAUUGAGUGUGGAAAAUUCUACUUUGUACAUUGUCACUCUAACUAUUUACCAAAUAAUUUAGACAAGAAUUUAAUACAAUCACUGUGGGAAAAUCUUCAAAAUGAAUUGUCUUCUAAUUCCUUGAUGCACCCAUUGUAAUCAAAGAGCUAAUCCUAGAGAGGAGACUAUGGAUUUAGCAGCUGGAGGUAGCCUCAUUUAUCAAGUUUCAUUAAAAUACAGCAGUACACACUUGAACAAUCUUAUAUCAGGGUACAUAAUCCUUUUCACAUAAUCUGAACUCAUUACAUACAAGAAAAGUCACGUAAGGGCAAACUGUAUUAGUACUGGGAU